AUGGACAUUCGACUCGCACAGCCAGACGACCUCAUUGGAAUGCAAGCAUGCAAUCUCCAAAACCUUCCUGAAAACUAUCAGAUGCGAUACUAUCUAUAUCAUAUACUAACAUGGCCUCAACUGUCCUACGUUGCACGAGACCACAAGGGCAGGAUAGUGGGCUACAUUCUCGCCAAAAUGGAUGAAGAUACGGAGCAACCACCGCACGGCCAUGUUACCUCGAUUUCUGUUUUGCGAGGCUAUAGACGACUGGGCAUCGCAAAGCGCUUGAUGCUUCUUUCUCAGAGAGCCAUGUCCGAAGUCUACCGGGCAGAUUUUGUUUCUCUCCACGUCCGAAAGUCGAACCGGGCUGCGAUUGCGUUGUACAGGGACACGCUUGGGUUCACGACACACCAAGUCGAAAAAGGAUAUUAUGCCGACGGAGAAGAUGCAUUUGCCAUGCGCUUAGAGUUUCCGGAGAACAAGGGCGUUCAUGAGAAAAAGGGGGAAAAGGACCGAUAA